UGGCCGUCGGCGGAUCUCCGCUGUAGCUUAUAAGUAUACAUAAAAUUAUAAGAAAUUUAGAGUUUAAUUUCAGUUUGUUUGGGGUUAGACUUAGAUCUUUGUCUCUGCUCCAAAACUAUGGUUUCCCUUUGGCCACUAACUUUGAUUUGCAUUUUAGCUUUUUCAAUCUCCAUUACUCACUGCAAGACUCUCAAGAGAGAUGUGAAAGCCUUAAAUGAGAUAAAAGCAUCACUCGGAUGGCGAGUUGUAUACGCGUGGAUCGGGGAUGAUCCUUGCGGAGAUGGGGAUUUACCGGCUUGGUCCGGUGUAACUUGUUCGACUCAAGGAGACUAUAGAGUUGUUACUGAAUUGGAGGUCUAUGCAGUAUCGAUUGUUGGUCCUUUUCCUAUUGCUGUAACUAAUUUAUUGGAUUUAACAAGACUGGAUCUCCAUAACAACAAGUUGACUGGCCCAAUUCCUCCUCAAAUUGGCCGACUGAGACGACUUAGAAUGUUAAAUUUGAGGUGGAAUAAGCUCCAAGAUGUCCUUCCUCCCGAGAUUGGUGAGCUUAAAAGAAUGACCCAUCUGUCCUUGAGCUUUAACAAUUUUAAGGGCGAGAUUCCAAAGGAGCUCGCAAGUCUACCUGAGCUCCGCUAUCUCUACCUUCAAGAAAACCGUUUCACUGGACGAAUUCCACCCGAAUUGGGCACUUUACAAAACCUUCGGCACUUGGAUGUUGGUAAUAAUCAUUUGGUUGGUACCAUUCGGGAGCUUAUUCGUAUUGAAGGCUGCUUUCCGGUUCUACGCAAUCUAUAUUUGAAUAACAAUUAUUUGACCGGAGGAGUUCCGGCUCAGCUCGCAAAUUUGACAAAUUUGGAGAUACUGUACCUUUCAUACAACAAGAUGUCUGGAGUGAUACCAGCGGCACUCGCCCAUAUUCCGAAACUGACAUAUUUCUACUUGGAUCAUAACCAAUUCUCAGGACGGAUUCCCGAUGCAUUCUAUAAGCAUCCUUUAUUGAAGGAAUUGUACAUCGAAGGGAACGGAUUCCGACCCGGAGUGAACCCCAUCUGUACACACAAGGUCCUUGAACUCUCAGACACAGAUUUCUUGGUUUAAGCAAAACUGUCGAGAGAACCCAACCUGAUUGUCCGAAUUUUCAAUUAAUAUUGCAUUCGUUUGUUUCAAUAGAACAUAUAUUUUACAUAUGGUCUGAAAGAAAUAUAAAUGAUCGCAUAUCACAUUUGUAUUAA